UUGUAGGAUAAGAACAUUAUAAGUCUUUCGUCAGACGUCCGAAAAAGGCCAUGGACAGCAAAAAGACCGAGACAGUUCCAGCAACUGCCGCUUUAGAAAAAUGGGGCGGCUUUCCGCUUCAGGAGCUCUAUCGGCUAGCCUUCACAUUUUACAAACAAAACUCUGGCAAGGCCAUACAUCUCUCCUACGAGGACAAUCUAAAGUUGAUUGCCUUCAAGCAACAGGCCUCAUUCGGACCUUUCAAUACAAAUCAUGCGCCGGCUCUGGGCGUGCUUGAUGUCAUUGGCCGUGAUCGUCAGCAGCAUUGGCAGCUGCUUGGCGACAUAACACGCGAGCAGGCCAUGGAGGGUUUCAUUGAUCUGCUGGAUACCAUGUGCAGUGCAUUCCGACCAUAUAUUGAGGCAGUCCGACAAAAUCGUGACGAGACGCUCAAAGCCGAGCUGCGUCGCAUGGAGCAGGAAAAAGAGGCACGGGAAAAGCGUGAACGUGAGCAACAAGAACUGUUGGAGGAGGGCUACAAAGAGGAAUUGCAGCGUCGUCAACUGCAGGAUGCGCUUAAUAAGCAAACAUAUCAGCAGUUUAAGCUCUACGCAGAGAAGCAAUUCCCCGGCAAUCCUGAGCAGCAAGCCGUUCUAAUACACCAGUUGCAACGUGAACACUACCAUCAAUACAUGCAGCAGCUGCAUUUGCAGAACCAAAACCAGAAUCAACAACAAAACAAGACAGCUGCCAUGAAUAUGGAACAAAUGCUGAGCACCGCCGGUGGAGAUCAAAACACGGUAACGCCUGCCAGCAAUAGCAACAAUAAUAAUAGCUGCGCUGAACUGGCUAAUGCCAUGGAUGGUCUCCAACUAAACGAAUUGGAAAGGCAGUCUGAAGUUCAGGCGGAAGCCAAUGAGCACUCCGAUGCUUACAACGAACAGCAACCAGAUCAGUCCAAUGAACAGGCGGGUAAUGAAGACUACGAUGACUAUGUUAUGAUACGUCCAGCCAAAAUUUGGACACGUCCUGAUAUCGAACAGUUCAAGACUGAAGUUUCCGCUGGUGAUGGCGACGGUGUUAUCACAAUUGGCCAUGGCGAUACCGUGACGGUGCGCGUGCCCACCAAUCUGAAUGGUAAAUGCAUUUUCUGGGAGUUUGCCACGGACAACUAUGACAUUGGUUUCGGUAUUUACUUUGAGUGGGCCAAGCCAGUCACCAAUGAAGUGACUGUCCAUGUUAGCGAUAGCGAUGAAGACGAAGAUUGUGUGGAUGAAGACUACUUGUCCACUACUGAAGACCUUGAGUCGGGUUCAAUGGGGCAGGAUCGUACUGCGCUGGCCCAAACUAUGAACGCUGCUCAAAAAGCGCCAAUAUCCAUCAUUGUACCGAUCUAUCGUCGUGAGUGCUACAAUGAGGUCUAUGUUGGUUCGCACUCCUACCCCGGAGAGGGCGUCUACUUGCUGAAAUUCGACAAUAGCUACAGCAUUUGGCGUUCUAAAACGCUCUAUUAUCGUGUCUACUACGAACGCUGAGGCCAAACUUUAAAUUAACCUAGGUUAUAAAACUCAAAAUUCUACUCUCCUCGGAAGGUCUGUCUGUAUAUACAUACAUAUACACACGCAUGUAUGUGGUACAUAUAUACACUUACAAUUACAUACAUACAAACAUACGAACACAGUGUGAUCUAAAAAGAGCCGAACUUUUUAGGUAUAGAAUAAAACGAGCAUGGUAUUAUGUUUCAAAGAUAA